AUGGCGACCUUGGUAGCGGACCCCAGCGACGUGCCUGGCUUUACAGGGACCCAAGCAUACAGCCAACCCGAUUCCAGCAAAGACACGCGAUCCGAGCCCUUGCCGAACAACGGCGCCCGUACCCAGCCCGAAGCUUCCACGAUAAUCAGGUCUGAUUCGAGACUAUCCAACGAUGCGGACAAGCCCAAGGCCACGCCUCAUGCGCAGAACUCAGGGGUCGCAAUCAUCGACCGCUUCAUCGAUGAGCCCCGCCAAAUAGGUGUUGCCGUCAUUGGAGGGGGACUUGCAGGCAUCCUAGCUGGCGUUCUCCUACCCACCAAGGUCCCAGGCAUUAAAUUGACCAUUUUCGAGAAGAAUGCAGACUUUGGCGGUACAUGGCUAGAAAAUGUGUAUCCCGGAGUGCAAUGCGACAUCCCAUCCCACGUGUAUCAGUCGACCUUUGCGCCAAAGAAAGAUUGGUCGGAUCAGUUCGCCUCCGGAGAAGAGAUCAAAAACUAUUGGCAGUCCGUGGCUCGCAGAUACGACGUUUAUCGUCAUGCGAAGUUCCAUCACCGCGUCGCUGCUGCUACAUGGAACGCUGAGAAGGGCAAAUGGCGAUUGGAUGCCAGCAACCUUGAGACAGGGAGCGCGUCUAGCGACGAGUUUGACGUUGUCCUCACCUGCAACGGACGUUUCAACGACUGGCGACUGCCCCAGUACCCUGGGAUCUCGGAAUAUCAAGGCCUACUUCGGCACACCUCCAAUUGGGACCCAUCCUUCAAUCCCGAGGGGAAAAGAGUAGCGGUCAUUGGUAAUGGCGCAAGCGGUAUUCAGGUCGUGGCAAACCUGCAAAAAGUGGUCGGGCGCCUGGAUCACUACGCUCGAAACAAGACCUGGAUCGCGGCGUCGUGGGCGGGAGACGAUCGCACGCUUGAGCCUCAGCCAAUUCCAGAAGAGCAGCAAAAGAGCUUCGCGGAUCCCGCAACUUACCUUGCCUUUAGGAAACAAAUGGAGGACAAGUACUGGCGACGCUUCGAAGCGUUUCUGCGGGGAACGGAAGAAAACACGAAGCUCAAGGCAACCUUUACCGACAUCAUGAGGAAGCGCCUAGUCAAGAAGCCUGAAUUGCUGGAGCACAUUAUACCAGAUUUCUCACCGAAUUGUCGCCGUCUCACACCUGGUCCUGGUUACCUCGAGGCUAUCACAGAGGACAACGUGGACUUUAUUCAGACGCCAAUCAAGCGGUUCACCGCCACGGGGAUUCAAACCAUGGACGGAGUGCACAGGGAAGUAGAUGCUGUGUUCUGUGCGACCGGGGCCAAGUCGGACUUAGUCCCAAGCUUCCCCAUCCGGGCUGGAGGAAAGGAUUUGGGUGACCUUUGGAAGCCAGAUGGAGAGCAUGGUUUUCCGUACACUUACAUGGGGUUAGCCACUCCGGGGUUUCCCAACCUGUUCUUUGUCCAUGGCCCUCACGGAACGGGGCCAUCUGGCACGGUCCCGCAGAGCGUGGAGACCCAAUUGACCUACUUGGCUAAGCUCUUGAGGAAAGUAUCAAGAGAAGGGAUCAAGUCUAUCGAGGCGACAUCCGAGGCUACCGACGAUUUCGUCGCCUACUCUGACGCGUUCUUCAAAAACACAGUCUUGUCCGAUCACUGCAGCUCGUGGUACAAUGGCGGUCGGCCUGGGGCUCGAAUCCAUGGGAUCUGGCCUGGCAGCGCCGCACACUUGACCGCUGUCCGACGCGAACCGAGAUGGGAGGAUUGGAACUACAAAUACUUGUCUAGCACGGGCAACAGGUUUCUAUGGUAUUUUGGAAACGGGUGGACGAGGCGCGAGGCUGAUCCGGAGUCGGACAUGACUCCAUACCUAAAGGCCAGCGAUGACAUAGACUUGCGGGACAUUCACGAGAGCUGGUGGAGUGUGCCGUGA